CGCAGGUCCACCACCUCCGCAUCCCACAGACCUCACCCACCAUGCCGAUCAACCAGCCUAGCAACCAGAUCAAGCUGACAAACGUCUCCGUCGUGCGCCUCAAGAAGGGCGGCAAGCGCUUCGAGGUGGCUGCGUACAAGAACAAGGUGCGCGAGUGGCGCACGGGCGUCGAGACGGACCUCGACGACGUCGUCCAGAUCCACUCCGUCUUCAUCAACGUCUCCAAGGGCCAGCUGGCCAGUGCCGACGAGAUGAAGAAGGCGUUUGGCACGGCGGAGACGCCCGACAUCAUCCUCGAGAUCCUCAAGAAGGGCGAGCUGCAGGUGGGCGACAAGGAGCGCUCGCACGAGCUCUCGUCGACGUUCCGCGAGAUCGCCACGUUUGUCGCCGAGCGCUGCGUCGACCCGUCGUCGAAGCGGCCCUACACCGUCGGGCUCAUCGAGAAGGCCAUGCACGACUCGCACUACUCGAUCAAGACGGGCAAGAGCGCAAAGAGCCAGGCACUCGACGUCAUCAAGCUGCUGCAGUCGACAAAGACGAUUCCCAUCGAGCGCGCCAAGAUGCGCGUGCGCAUCACCAUGGCCAACAAGGAGGGCAAGCGGCUCAAGGAGAAGAUCGUGCCGCUCGUCGAGACGGUCGAGGAUGAGGACUGGACAGACGAGUGGGAGCUGAUCGCAGUCAUCGACCCAGGGUCGCUGCGGCUCAUCAACGAGCUGCUCGAGACCGAGACCAAGGGGCGCGGCCGCGUCGAGACGCUCAGCUUCUCGAGCGUGGCCGACGGCGACGAGGCGCUGGAGUGAGGGCAGCACGGAUGGGCAAAUGCUAUGCGUCACGCGUG